GUAUAUUAUUAUUUGGGCUUGCGGGUGGUAAAAUUACAUAGGAGUAAUUCACGUGAUUGGUGUUCAGAUAACAUAUUUAUAUCUUAGAACAUACUUGUAGAACAUACUUAAACAAUCUUUCAAACAAAAAUAAAAUGAAUUCAAAUUUUAUUGAAUUUUUAUUAAAAGAUUAUAGCAGGUUAUAUGAAAGUGAAAAUUUUUAUGAUGUGAUUAUUAAAGUUGGAGAUGAAUCCAAUUUUAAAGAAUUUCGAGUUCAUUCGAUUAUACUUUGUGCAAGAUCAAAAUAUUUCCGUACGGCAUUAUCAAAUAAAUGGGCAAAUAUUAAAGAUGGCAAAAUAUAUUUUGAUAAACCAAAUUCUUCAAUAAAAGCCUUUGAUAUUAUUCUCAAGUAUAUAUAUAACGGAAAUUUGGAUUUUAAUGAACAAAAUGGGAUGAUUUUAUUAGAAGUCUUGAAAUUGGCAGAUGAAUUAUGUUUAACCGAAAUUCUCGAUUAUAUUCAAGAUUAUAUUUUAAAAUAUCAUAAAAACUGGUUAAGAGAAAAUUUUUAUAAAGUUUAUCAAUUUACAUUAAAACAUAAUGAAUUUUUCAAAUUGAAUGAAUAUAUUAAAGAUAUUAUAACAAAUGCACCAGAAUUUAUUUUUAAUGAUACAGAUAUUUCAAAUAUUUCUCAAGAAUUUUUAAUAUCACUUAUUCAACUUGAUGGUUUACAAUUAGAUGAAAUUGAAAUCUGGAAUCACGUAAUUAAAUGGGGAAUAGCGCGAACAUCAAAUUUAUCUAAUGAAUUAUCAUCUUGGUCUGAUAAUGAUUUUAAAGCUCUUAAAGAAAAUUUAAAUCCUCUUAUAUCAUUUAUUAGAUUUGGUUUUAUUAGUUCAAGUGAUUUUUAUAUUAAAAUUAAUCCUUAUAGAAAAAUUUUUGAAGAGAAUUUUUAUCAAUCGAUUUUAGAAUAUUAUUUGGUUCCUGAAAAAAGAGAUAAAUCUAUUUUAUAUUCAACAAAUUUUCGUUGUAGAUUAGAUUCUAUCUUAAUUGAUUCAAAACAAUUAAGAUUCAUUUCAAAAUGGAUUUCAAAAGAUUCUUAUUUUAAAUUUGAAUUAUUAACUCGUGGUAGCAGAGAUGGAUUUAGUGAGCAAGUAUUUCAUAAUAGAUGUGAUAGUAAGGAUCAUUCAUUAACAAUUUUACGUAUCAAAAAUACUGGGGAAAUACUUGGAGGUUAUAAUCCGUUGAAUUGGGCAUCCAAAAGAGAUUAUUAUGUUACUAAUGAUAGUUUCAUUUUUUCGUUAAACAAAGAAGAUAUUAAUAAGUCGAUUAUAAGUAAAGUAAUAAAUAGUAAUUGUGCCAUUUAUAAUUGUAAGGAAAGAGGACCAAGGUUUGGAAGACAUGUAGAUGGAGGUAAAGAUGAUUUGAUGGUUUACGUUAGUGAUAAACGAUUUGAGUGUACUAAAAAUUCAUAUGACAAGCUUAUUGCUCAAAGUAAUCAAUUUGAUGAAUAUGAAGUGUUUCAAGUAAUUAAGAAAAGCUAAUUUUAUAGAAAUAAAAAAAAAUUAUAUAAAUAUACUCAUAAUAUUUAAAAUAAAUAAAAAUAUGAUAGAUUAUUCAAAGAAAAAAAUUUUAUGUAAUUGCAUUAUUUCAAUUAUAUGAAUCUUUUUUUUUAUUUGCGGUUAGAAUCCAGAAUCUUGUGUGCCGUAAGUCGAUUCAUUGAGGGAAACUCAGUAUUUUACGGGAAAUGGCAUUGUUAUUUAUUCCUAGGAUUUAAGUAACGUUCAAGACAUUUUAUACAUUAGGGUCGAUUUAGAUUUCGUUCUGCCUAUCAUAUCAUAUUAAAUGCAGUUGUCCAAUGACUUUGUGGAUUUACCCAACCUUCACGCUAGUUGUCACGAGUUGUUUCUCCAGUUUUCUGGAUCUGGCUAGUUAAAGUCAAAAGCGAAAACAUAAAAUAAUCUUCUUUACUUAAUGUAAAGAAGAUAAUUGCCGCGCAUUCCAAAUGUUAAUUGUCUAUUUAUUCUUGCAUUUUGAUUCUUU